AUGCAUUCCCACAAGAUCAUCCUCUCCAUUGUCGCCAGCUUGGCAGCCGUCUCUAUCGCGCAAUCCAGCGAGAGUGAGAACGACAACGAGAACGGUACCAGCAGCUUGAGUAUCACUUCUCCAACAAACGCGGUUUCCAGUGUUGUUGCUACUGCCACCAGUACUGAGGGCGAGGAAGACAAUGACAGGUCCUCAUCUACCCUUGUAGCAACCACCACCAGAACCGAGGGUGAGGAAGACGGUAGAUCAUCAUCCACUGUUGUUGCAACCACUACCCGAAGCGAAGGCGAGGAAGAUGGCAGGUCAUCCUCUGCCGCAGCUGCUACUACCUCUGCUGCUGGCACUACCUCCGCUGCUGCUGGCAGCACUUCCUCCGGACGAGAAGAAGACAGCAGAUCCAGCUCUUCUGCUGCUGCUGCUGCAACCACCACUUCUGCAGCAGGUGCUGCUAUGAUUACUGCUGGUGCUGGUGUAGGGUUGGCUGCCAUCAUUGGAGCUGUUGCUCUUCUAUGA